CUCUUCUUCUUCUGUGGUUCCUCAAACCGGCGGCUCUCAAACACAGAGGCGUCUGUACCUCUUUCACGCUGCAGGCGGUGGGAUAUUUCUACAUUUAACACAGACUACAGUAACUCUGGCACUUUGAGGAACACAUGAAGCUGGAAGCUCCCCUCUCCUCGAGCUAAGGUACAAGCUAGCAGCCGGAAGCUAACGCUGCCUAAAUCACUCCGUACUACAGGCCAACACAUGUGAUGUAGUCGCAUCCUCGUUUCAGCUCCUGCAUUACUCGCAGUAAUGGAUGACGACACUCAGACCUUGAAGCCCAGGCAGAUCCAGAACCAGAACGUGGUCUAUCGUCUGGAGAGGCGGAGGAUCUGUUCGGGGCGCCCUGGAGCUCACUGGUAUAGAGUACGCUGCUUCCACCAGAACCUCUUCCCCAACUUCACCGUGGUCAAUGUGGAGAAGCCCCCCUGCUUCCUGAGGAAGUUCUCCCCAGACGGACGCUGCUUCAUCGCCUUCUCCUCCGACCAGACGUCUCUGGAGAUCUAUGAGUAUCAGGGCUGCCAGGCUGCCCAGGACCUGUUAAGAGGCCAGGAGGGAGAGACUCUGCUGACAGCCAAUGACCAGCGCUCACUCAACAUCAGAAGCCGCCUCUUUAAGCGCUUCUUCUCCCUACUGCAUGUCACUAAUGUGGCGUCCAACGGGGAGCACCUGAACCGGGAGUGCAGCCUCUUCACGGACGACUGCCGCUACGUCAUCGUCGGAUCAGCUGUGUAUGUCCCAGAGGAGCCCCCUCCUUACUUCUUUGAGGUGUAUCGGAACAACGAAUCGGUCACGCCCAACCCCCGCUCGCCUCUGGAGGACUACUCCCUGCACAUCAUCGACCUCCACACCGGCAGGCUGUGUGACACCAGGUCCUUUAAGUGUGACAAGAUCAUCCUGUCCCACAACCAGGGCCUCUACCUGUACAGGAACAUCCUGGCUGUGCUGUCGGUCCAGCAGCAGACCAUACACGUGUUUCAGGUCACUGCAGAGGGAACGUUUCUCGACGUGAGGACCAUUGGGCGGUUUUGUUACGAGGACGACCUGCUGACUCUCUCGGCUGUUUACACCGAGGCUCAGGCGGAGAGUCAUUCAGGCUUCCCUCGCCUGUACACGGACAAAACCAUCAACUCCCUCAAGCACAGGCUGCUGGUCUACCUGUGGAGGAGGGCCGAGCAGGAAGGAGGAGCCACUGCCAAAAGGAGAUUCUUUCAGUUCUUCGAUCAGCUGAGGAGGUUGAGGAUGUGGAAGAUGCAGCUUCUGGAUGAGCAUCACCUCUUCAUUAAGUACACCAGUGAAGACGUGGUGACACUCAGAGUGACUGACCCCUCACAGCCGUCAUUUUUCGUGGUUUACAACAUGGUCUCCACGGAGGUGCUCGCCGUCUUUGAGAACACCUCUGACCAGCUGCUGGAGCUGUUUGAGAACUUCUGUGACCUGUUCAGGAAUGCUACGCUGCACAGCCAGGCCGUCCAGUUCCCCUGCUCCGCUUCAUCCAACAACUACGCACGGCAGGUCCAGAGAAGAUUCAAAGACACCAUCGUUAACGCUAAAUAUGGAGGCCACACGGAGGCCGUGCGUCGGCUGCUGGGUCAGCUGCCUAUCAGUGCUCAGUCCUACAGCAGCAGUCCGUACCUGGAUCUGUCCCUCUUCAGUUAUGAUGACAAGUGGGUGUCGGUGAUGGAGAGGCCCAAGACCUGUGGAGACCAUCCCAUCAGGUUUUAUGCUCGGGACUCCGGCCUGCUGAAGUUUAAGAUUCAGGCGGGCCUGUUGGGACGGCCGGUGAACCACGCGGUGCGCCGCCUGGUUGCCUUCACUUUCCACCCUUUCGAACCGUUUGCGAUCUCUGUACAGCGCACCAACGCGGAGUACGUGGUCAACUUCCACAUGAGGCAUGUGUGCGCCUGAGGAGCUGUGAAAACGUGUGCAGCUUGAACACUUACUGAAGAACCAUGAGGCUGCUGAACAAACAAACACUCUCCGUCUGAGAUCACUGGACAGUUUAGUCCCUCUCCUCUACUUGUGGAAACCGGUGCUCCUCUCCUCUUUUCCCCUUUCACACACAGUUCUCAGUUCACUCCACCCCCUCUGAGAGUGGGCAGCAAGUCUGCCUUCUCCCUUUGUCUGCCUCACCUCAUCUUCCCCCCUCCCUCUGCAGAACAAAGAGAGACUCCAUGAGGAGGGUAAGUGUAAACGGAAAUGUAGGGAGUAAUUGACGUACUGCAGAGGUGGAAGGCGUCUGGACACCUUGUAAGAAACCAAAGGUGUGUGUUUGUCUCGCCACGCUCUGCACAUCCUGAAGAUCUUAUCAAACAUGUUAGGUUUUUAUAUCCUAUCAUCAAGCUGGACUCUUUCUGGAGAGAGAAGGAGCUAAUUUUAUAUUUUAUGGUUUUACACUUUUUUUACGUCUAAUAUUGCCUGUAUAUAUUUUAUUUCAAUAAAAUUACCUACAUUUUGUA